GCGGAAGACAGUCACGCCUCUUCAACAUUUACGCGCCAACUUCCAGACUAAACACCGCGCCACAGGACAGAGACACACACACUCGCAGAAGACUCGGGCUCACCGUAAACUUACACCCCCUCAAACCACAGAGAACUACAACACGAUGCGCUCCAAGAGGCUGCAGGCGUCUCCACCCUCCACCAGGAUGAACCUGCGCAGUUACAGGAGCACUGCUGUGGUUCCCAUGGAAACCUCCUCUUCCUCCUCGGAUGACAGCUGUGACAGUUUUGGAUCCGAUGGUUUUGGGAACUCGAAGAGGCCGCUGAGACAGACGAGAAGCUCUGCUCAGAUUGAGAAAGUGUUUAACGUUCUACCUGUGACUGAGGAAGAGGACGCGUGCAGCGGUUUUGAGAAUGAACUGAAUGAUGACAUGACAGAAAUGAAAAUGGACUCUGACGCUGAGACCUGUUCACCUCCAAGGAAAACUCGUAAAUCAUUCACGCUCCGAGUAGCCAUGAAGUUCCCAAAUAAACGGGCCAGUCCAUCAAAGCCAGUGACACCUGUGUCCAAACCCAAACCUAAACCUAAACCUGAACCCAAACCCAAAGACCCCGAGUCUGACUCUGAGAGCGACAACUUCAUGCUGAAGAGAGCGCUGAACAUUAAAGAAAACAAAGCUAUGCUUGCUAAACUAAUGGCAGAGCUGGAUAAGGUUCCUGGACUCUUUCCUGGGAAGGCUGCUUUGUCACAGGGCAAUACGCCUCGUCGUGUUCCACGUCGCUCUUUGGACUCCAAUGCAGCUCGGCGGAGAAACCCGGAGCGCACGUCCCGCCCUCACACCCGUUCACGCUCGCUGGUAGAUGGACCACCCUCCCCCCCUCCAGAGGAUGAACCCGAGGACAAAUACAGCCUGGUUCGCAAAAACAGAGAUGACGACGAUGAUGAGGAAGAGAAAGAACCACGGCGGCGCAGUUAUAACAGCACUCUGACGAUUCCUCACGUCGUGAGGUCUGUGGAGGAAAUCACUCAGGCUGAACUGGACAACAUCUGUGUCAACGUCAGAGAGAAGAUUUACAACCGUGCCACAGGUUCCACCUGCCAUCAGUGUCGCCAAAAAACAACUGAUACCAAGACCAACUGCCGCAACCCAGAAUGCGUGGGUGUUCGCGGACAGUUCUGCGGGCCUUGUCUCAGGAACCGCUAUGGAGAAGAGGUCCAUGAUGCCCUCCUGAACCCGGAGUGGCUUUGCCCCCCAUGCAGGGGCAUCUGUAACUGCAGUUUCUGCCGUGCCAGAGAGGGGCGCUGUGCUACAGGUGUGCUCGUGUACCUGGCCAAGUACCAUGGCUAUGACAAUGUCCACUCUUAUCUCAAAAGUUUAAAGAAGGAACUGGAGGAAAGUGAAUAAAAUGGCUUCCAUGUUCUGUGGAGUCCAACCAGAACUGACAUCGUCCUCAAGUGUCUUGUUAAUUGUUGACGUGAUUCACAAAGCUUCCUUAAAACCUGCUGCAGGUUCAUUUUGAGUAGACGGUUGGGAGUCUACAUGAUCUUAAUAAAUUUGCAUUGUUUUAAAUGUAUUUUUAAUUUUUCAAAGGGAGUGGUUUUAUCUCUGUACUGUAUUGGUUACUUUGAAAACUGUUGGCUGCAAUACUUGUUCUUGUUUUUACCAUCUUUUUAAUCGGUAUGUUCUUCCGACGCUGUUUUGACUGCGCAAUGUUCUGCUGUAGUAAUGGAAUAAAACUUGUGCUUUUUCA